AUGCCCAACCGAGCUUCUCUCGCCACUGCAGGUUAUCAUGACGAUGGUGCAGCCUUCGCUUCAGAUCAUUCACCACUCUACGGAUUUUUCCUCAUUAUUGUAUUAGUUUUUGCUAUCAUCAAGACCUUUAUUCAUAAGAGUAUUGUAUAUACAUUCCGAUUUUUGAAGAAAAUAGUUACUGGAAAGGAAUAUGAAUGCGUGUUUUGUGGCUUACAUAAAUUGGAUGAUGAAUAUAAUACCAUUGUGUUGUAUAGAGACGAAAUUUGUUAUAUUGUAGAAGAUAUUAGACCCGAGGCUGAAUUUCAUUAUCUAGUCAUUCCUUUUAAACAUAUUCCUAGUCGGCGAAAAAUUGAAGAUUUGGAAACUUUGCGUGUGGUCAAACACAUGAAAAUUGUGGGACAACAAUUUGCGAAGAGAAGACAUUAUGAACUGUGGAAUGAAAUGAGCAGUAAUGGUAUUGCAGAAGACAGAACUGGUUUCCAUCUACCACCUUUCAAUUCUGUAGAGCACUUACACAUGCAUAUAUUGGUCGGAAAAUUUAAAAAUUAUCUUUCAAAACUUGAGUUCACUCCCAACACCUAUUGGUACACCACAUGUGAUGACAUGAUUGAGGAUGCAAGAUCCAAGAAAAAAUCAAUGUAA